CUAAACACCGCCUGUUUUAAACAUCCUUCUGCUCUUCUCUAUCUAAUGACACAGUGACUUGUCCUGUUAGAAUGGAAGAUGAGGUGUGUUAUUCAACAGUCAUCUUUAAAUCUUCUGACAAUGACAAAACAAAAGCAGAGCUACAGUCAGACGACUCUGUACCGUAUGCAGAGGUAAAAAUACAAGAGAUUCAAUCCAAGUCCUCAGCUCAACAACUUCCAGGAAAAGAAUCUGGUUUACCACCGCAAGAUCAGCAGUCUGAAGAAAAAGAAGUGACCACCUCGACCUCUCCAUCAUACAGACGAGCUACAGUGUGUUUGGGUGUGCUCUGUAUUCUUCUAAUCUCGGCUUUAACCGCAGUCAGCAUCCUUAACUACAAUCAUAUGACAGAUAGCAAAAAAAUUCUGACCCUGUACACUGAAGAGAGAACAGACAACCAGCAAUUACUGACACACAAGGAGCUACUGGAGAGAGAGAUAAAAGGGUUUACGACACAGAAUGAAGAGCUUAACAGCAACCUGAACUUCAUAUUGAAACAAAAAAACCUUUCCAUAGAGGACUACUGUCAAUCCACAGAGAAUGGGGUUCAGUGUAAACCCUGUCCAAAAAUCUGGAUUCAGAAUGGCUCCAGCUGUUACUAUUUCCAUGUAGAACAUCCCUGGAAAACAUGGGGAGAAAGUGAAGAGUCCUGCAAGACGUCUGGAGCUCAUCUGGCUAUAAUAGACAGAGUGGAGGAACAGGAAUUUGUCAAUCAGCACGUUGAAUUCUAUUUUGACGUAUAUCACGGGUACUGGAUCGGACCUUGGAAUUGGACCAGUGCAGCAGAGCUCAGAGAAGGAUUCUGGAUUGAAACACACACAGACACAACCGUUCACUGUGUUCUCUCAAUGAGAAGCAACAUCUCAGAUAAAAGCUGGAAGGUUGCGGGUUGUAGUAUGAUGAACAGGUGGAUCUGCAAAAUGACCAGUUUAACAUGGCCACAAUUCCUCAACAUUUCAACAUGA